GUUCCUGACACGGUUGUUUUUAAAAUAAUGCAGCCGUUAUGACUCGUUCCGCCCAUUCCGGCUUUUAUAGUUUCGAUUUCUCCUUCUGCUUUCUUUGGCACCCAACCAGGCAACAACAGAUCGUACAAAAAAGACUUCGAGUCGCUGAGUUCUCUUUCUCAGCCCAAACUGUCCCCGAGGUUAGUUUCUAACUUGUUUUCUGCUGGAUUGGCUCAACUGAGAAUCAUAGAAUAGCAGAGUAGGAAGGGGUCUACAAGGUCAUCGAGUCCAACCCCCUGCUCAAUGCAGGAAUCCACCCUUUUAACUUAAGGGAAACUUGGGACUCCGACAUCAAGGUGAAAAUGUUGCAACAUAACUAGAGACUGGGACUUCAACUUUUGCACAGGCUCUGUUUACACUGGCCAUAACUUCAGUUGCAAAGACAAUUUUAAAACAGGAAAAUAGAAUACAUCUGAAGCACAGUUUGGCUGGACAGAUUAUCAGAGCAAAACACACAAUUAAGUGGUAUUUAAAAAGUGUUUUUUCUGAUCACAUUACAUAGCCAAAGUGUGCUUGAGUGUGCAAUCUAGUGAACUGUUUUGAACUGUUUUCUGCCGAAUUGAAAAACUGAGGGAUUGUGUGUAAGUAGAGCCUGAGAGGUUAAGGUCUGUGCUUGCUUCUGGGUGAGAGAGAAAAGAUGGUGGCUGUGCAUGAAAAUGAAAAGGCAGAACAAUGUCUUUCUAUGAAUCCACAUGCAAUGGAGAAUGGGAAAAUUAAUGGAAGAAUCAAAGAACAUCUUGGACUAGGAAACCAUAAGAUUUUUUCUCAAUAUGGGUUGCAGCAUUCCAUAGUAUCCAGACCAUUUUUUUAUACAGUAAUUGGGAGUUUGCUGUUUAAUGUCAUUCUGAUCAUAAUCAUCUUUGUAUUAGCAGCACUAGUGACAUCACCGGGGCCAUGUCCAACUCCUCCUACCACUCCUGCGGAUUACUGUCCUGAAGGCUGGAUUGGAUAUCGAAGGAGGUGCUACUAUUUUGUAGAGGCAGAAAGUAACUGGACUUCUAGCAAGAUCAACUGUUCUUCUUUUAAUGCCUCUUUGGCUGUGGUUGACUCCAAAGAAGAGAUGGACGUCUUGAGACGAUACAAAAGUUCUGCUGACUACUGGAUUGGCCUUCAAAGAGAUGUGGAAACAGAUCCCUGGAAAUGGAUCAAUGGUACCAUUUUCAAUAACUGGUUUUCAAUUCGUGGUGGAGGAGAAUGUGCUUACAUGAACCAUAAAGGAAUUGGCAGCUCCAGCUGUCUAAUAGAACAAGCCUGGAUCUGCAGCAAGCCAGUAAACAGAUGACAACAGGAAUCACAUAUGCUGCUUUCAGCAACUUUCUUUGAAAGUAUACACUGUCAUGUUUCUUGGGAGACAAUAACAAGGCCUGCUAAGUAAUCUACAAAGCUCUAUUCAAGCAAUAAACAUCUCUUCCCACCUGAAGAGAGUCUAAUCUUUAGGAACUUUCUCCCAGGCAAAACUAUGCAAUCUAAGCGAGACAAUUGUCCUUUUCAAGAAGAAUGGAAAGCCCUUUCUCCAGACGCGUUAACUUCAGAGAGACUAGUUGUGAUGCAGCUUCUGACGGGAUGCCAGCCGGGCUAACUUCCUCUUGUCUU